AUGGAUCCUCGCCACUCCAUUCUGCUUCUCUUUGUCUUUGCCCUGCUCGCAUCCCCGGCGCUCGCGGCCACCGAAGAGCCUGAGGUGGCGUUUACGGAGCUCCGGAAAAAGGGCAAAAAUGCGAAGAAGGACGAAGCGAACAGGGACCAGGCUGACGCCGCUGCAGAGCCCGAGCCUCCCAAGUGGAAAUCGACGAAGGCCCUCGCGUACUCUUCUUUCGCCUUUCAGUGGUUCAACUACCAAGAAUGCCCUGCGUCGCAGCUGCGCCUGCUGAAACCGACCUCGCAGGUGCGGCUGGUGGCGCUGGACGUGCUGAACAGCGGCCUUCGCGCGCUCGCCACGCGCAAGAAACAAGACGGCGACUCGCGGACGCUGGCGUACAUCUGUACUCUCGCCGUGGCCUUCACGGACGCCUACCGCGCCAUGCGGCAGGCGACGCAGUCUCUCCUCGCAGAGCCCGACGAGACGGGCGUCUCCACGCCCGUCGGCGUCUGGUUUGCGGCGACGCUGCGCAAAGAAGCCGGCGACGGCAAGAAGUCCAAACGCGAAAAGGAGUUCUACAACAAGUGCGCCUUCAUCGCGAGCCGCGUGAACGAGAUGUUGGUGGCGUCGGACUUCCGGGCGCCUGCUGGAGAAACGGUGUCGCCGCCCGCGGCGCUCGGUAACUACAUGAACGCGUCGCUCGACGAGUUUGCCGACAACUCUGAGAAGCAGCUGGCGCACAUUGUCGGCGGAUGCCUGCGGGAGAAGGACGCCUUCCGCCGCGACGCCUGGGCGGUGACCCACCACGCGCUUCUGCAGACGUGGACUUCUCUCGACUUCAUGGCCGCGUGCGCCUUCAGGGAAGCGUCGCUCUCGCAGAAAGAAAAACUCGCGCUGCUCAUGGCGCGCCAAACGAUGCUUGAACAUUCCGCCACCGGGAACUUCUUCGCGUUCCUCGAAGCUGCCCAACGCUUCGGGCCCCUAGCAGAAAAACUGGGAUACUUCGCCUCAGGCAAAGACUCGAAAAAAGUCGCCGUCUGCCUCCCCGAAGGAGCGGGAUCCGACACCUGGAACCCUCACGGCGAGGAUGUCAUGCACAGCUUCGUGACGGAUCUGAGCAGCGCAUUUCAGUAG